CGCACGCGUGCCUAUGCGCACUCGCGGAGUCUCGAAAAACACUUUCUCGCACCACGGAGCAUCCGUACGGGACGUCCGGCAACGGAAGGUCCGACGUGGCGAACGUCGGCUGGCCUUGCUUAACGGGAGAUAGCGAAGGCAGCGGUCACCCAAAAGGACCGGCACCGAGGCAACCUGAACGCGUACGUGGGAAAAACGAAGACGGAACGGCCGCAGAGCGGCUCGCCCCUAACCCGCCCGCAGCGGCGUCAGCGUGUCCCAGAAGGGGCAGACGAUCGGAGUGUCCGGAAAAAUACCGUUGACGAUUAGUGCAAGCAGAAAGAGGUUUAGGGCGGGCGCCGAUCACCCCGAUGCUGUUCUCGUUUACAACUCGACGCCCCCGACAUCAAGGUCAGUGCGAAGACGAGGCAACCGCAAUCGCUCCUCUUUUAUUUGGUCAACGGCAGGCAAGGAGUUCCGUUUCUCCUUCGUAGAGAAGAGGUUCAGUUUCUUUCGUUUUUUUUAUUUUUUGCUUUACAUAUCCAAUAAUAUUUGUCGAAGCGGUCGAACGGCUUUUGUGCUCCGUAAUCGCAGAGUAGCUGUACCUUGUGUCGUAGACGCCAGGAAACCUUUGAUCUCCAGUAUCUGAGGGUGUUUCCCUCUCCAUCGUCGUUUUACUUUCGAUAACCUCUUUUCACCGAGACCGGCCCAAGCGGCUGCCACUGACUACUUCCAUGGAGACGAGGUAAGAAAGACCGAAGAGAGGACGCAACGAAUAUCUUGCAAACAACGCCCGAAGACAGGGGCGCUUUUGCCGACGGGAACUGUGUGCGCGCGCGUGUUACAUCACGUUGACAGAAGUGUGUCGCUGCAAGGUUGAACUUUUUUUUUUUUUGUCGCGCGCUUGCUGGAAUUGUGAUCCUUCGAAGGACGUGGACCCUGACCAACGUGCAACUUGUCGAAGACUGCAGGAAGACCCUGGAGAAAUUGAGUUGAACUUGGAUGCGACAUUUCAAUGAACGGCAGCGGAGAGACGACAAUGAAUAGCCGAAGGGGAUUCAUGUGAUUACAAAUUUGGAACGUCGGCCGUGAGGAAGGAAGUCACGUUCAAGAUAACCUUUUUCUGAAGCUGGUGAUAACAGCAGCCUUUUUACAUCGUCGAGCUUUUUUUGUACUCGUACCGCAAGCCUCCGAAAACGCUGGAAGUCCGUUAAAGCAGGUCACACUUUCUUAACGAGCCUCGCACGGAUAUCUCAACGGGAACACCUCACCUUUGACACUUCCUCUGCGAUCGAGAAUCUCGUCUACGUGUUCUACGGUAUAAAAAACAAAAUCUACCUAUUGGUUUAAACGCAGUGCUCUAACAACUUUUGAGCCGACGAGGGUCCCACCAAAGACUUGUUUUUUCCAAUCAAUCGAUUAGGUUAUCAAUCCUCAACGUACCGUUUGACGUCCGAUUUUCGGUCAGCCCAAGCAAAAGGUAUAUCCAACUUGGGAAGCCAGGGACUCCAAAAUCGGCCACCACACACGUACACACACACACACUCCAAGUGUCAAAUCAAAACUCGCAGAGAAAGUGCGCGCUACGGCCAAGGAACUCCGAGGAAAAUCUCGCCAGUGAGACACCACGCACGCGAGCCAAGGACCAAUCGUCGCAGCUAUGUGGGCCACCACGCGAAGUAGGCAUUCCAUCGUACGUGCCCUUUUGGCCAUCGCAGUUUCAAUGGCGCUGCCGCCGCGCAGUGGAGGACAGCUGCAACGAGACUUCUACUCCUCAGUUUCCAACCUGCUGGACCUGGUGAAGCACGAGCAAGAAGUAAGCCUCAUGCUUCUGGCCUAUGCGGAACGCCUGAAGGCGCUGCAGUCAAACAUCAUCAGCUUUGUGGAGACGAGACAGCCUUACCAUGAUCUGCGCACUCCUGCGGAGGUAUCUGACUACAUGAAACAUCCUGUACACGCCUUCCACCUAAUGAAAAGGAUGAUCGUUGAUCUGGGUGCCAUCGAGUCGCAGAUACAUGAACUGUACGCAUCAGACCCCCUGCACAACAUAACCGCAAUGCGCGCCAACAGACUGCUUCCCUGGGAAGAGGACUUCAACGGCGUCGCCGUUUCAAUCGCGCGCCUUCAGGACACCUACCUCCUGGACAUGGACAGCCUCGUCAGCGGUCACCUGACCAUUACGUCACGGGCGCGGAACCGCACCGUGCCCGGACGCAUUCCGCUCACUGCUCGUGACUGCUACUUCAUGGGCCAAGUGGCGGUGCACAACGGCUUCUACGACCGGUCCGUGGAGUGGGUGGAGAGCGCCAUUCACAAAGCGACAAAUGAGAAGCCACCGUCAGUCCCCACAGAGGAUCUCACGAAGUAUCUGGACUUACUCAUCAAAAAGCACGACGAUGUACUGGACUCCAUGGGAAAAGCCGGACAGUACUGGCAGACGUACGGUGUGCCCGUGCGCGAACGAAAAAAGAAAGCGCUGCAGUUCCAAACCAAAUUGUUCGAGGACAAGCUCACCUUCGCGCAGGAGACACAGAACUACAAGCGUCUCUGCCGCGGAGAACAGCUGAGGACGCCAAAGAUGGACAGCCAGCUUCGGUGCCGCUACUACUACGGCAGGCACGGCUAUCUGCGGCUUCAGCCUGCGAAGAUUGAAGAGGCCAACCUGAAGCCGUACAUCAUCACCUUCCACGACAUCAUCGGUGACCGCGACAUAAACGACCUACUCGCGUACGCAACGCCUAGGCUUUUCCGGUCUACGCACUACGGGGAACACGGAAUGGAGACAUCUCUGAUCCGCACCAGCUCAACUGCUUGGCUCGGCGACCAGGAUGCACCCGUGGCAACGAGGUUAAAUCGAUUCAUCGAGUCCCUGCUUGGUCUAGGCACGCAAUACCUGAAAGGGGAAGCGGAGUUCUACCAGCUUGCCAAUUAUGGCGUAGGAGGCCAGUACAUCGCUCAUCAUGACUUCCUCGCCGAUAUCUACGCCGACCCAACUCGAAAGCUGGAUGACUUCGAGCGCUCGGCAGGAGAUCGAAUAGCUACGCUGAUGUUUUACUUAAGUGACGUCGAGGAAGGAGGAGCGACGGUGUUCCCUCAUUUAGGAGUCCGAUUAACCCCCAAAAAGGGAAACGCCGCCUUCUGGUGGAACCUCAACUCAGACGGAGAGGGGGAGCAGCUGACAAAGCAUGGAGGCUGCCCCGUCCUGUACGGUUCAAAAUGGAUUGCAAACAAGUGGUUCCGCGCCAACAGCAACCUGUUCCGACUGCCCUGCUCACGGAAUCGCAGCCAACCUCUGGCUCCACUCGUGUGAACCCUACUGGACUCUCGUCGCUCGCACAGAGCCCUCCUCUUAAGUCAUGCCAAUGAAUAUGUGUCUUUGUCCGUCUAUUUAAAUACUCAUGCUAAUAAAUGUUACGACUUGUAUUUAAAGACGAAA